AUGACGGCGGAUCGGAUUGCCAAACUUGAGCAGGAGCUCAGUUACUAUAAAGAAUUGUAGGUUUUUUCUCUUUUUUUGUUUGAAUUUUAGGUUUGACUUCUAAAAACUAUGUUAUACUGGACAUUUGAUGGAUAACCUUACUUAAAGUCCUGUUUGUACCUAAAAAAAUUAACGGAUCUUUCUGAAAACUAACGAGAAGUUGUAAAAGACUAUGGGAAAGCUUGUAAUAUUUAAUAAAUUUAGGUACGAAGUAGAAAAAGAAACAAAUGAGCUAAACGACAUCAAAAUCAAGGAGCUGAACAUGGCCAAUAACCAAGACCGUCAGAAAUUUGAAAUGGAGCGGUAUAAACUGAAAAAUGACAUUAGAAAACUGGAAACGGAACGUGACGUAAGUUUUGACAAGUUUUUGAAAUUUUUCGAAAUUAAAAAUUUUGUGAAAUUUCAAUUUUUUCAUAAACAGCAUUGUUUUUCGAAAAAUCUUUGGAAAAUGGCGGGUUUUUUCAAAACUUUGAAGGUAAAAUUGUCUUGUGUUUGAGUUUUUGUUAAUUCUGUUGUUUUAGCGCAGGAAAGAGGACGAUUCAGCGUCGACUUUGUAUCGUCAGCGGAUUCAUCAACUCGAGAAGGAAGUUAACAAUCUUCAUGAACGAGUUCGUAUCGCCGAAAAUAUGGCUACAAAGCUGGAGGAAACUUGUCGGUAAGGCGUUUUUAAACUGUUUUGAUGUUUUUAGGUAGCACAUGAUCUAAAAAAUUGGGUUUAAGUUGUUUUAGGUAUCAAAUUUAUAAAAAAUUGUUUAUAUGUUGUUUUAGGUGACAAAGCAUAAUUUUUUUUAGAUUUCUUUUUGUUUUAGUUGUCUUUUCAAAUUUAGGUAACAAUCUUAAUAUUUUUAUUUUUCAGCGCAAAAGAUUUUGAAUACGCUGAACUUCAGAAGGACUACGAGCUAUGUUUGGCCAGGUGUAAUGCUUUAGAGCUUCAACUAAUGUCAAUGAGUGUAAGUUUUUGUUAUUUCAUUUGACUUUUAGGCUUAAAAAGGAUUUUUUGUAGUGGUGAAGAAAUUUUUUGUUUUGUAAAGAAAGUUUUUGCCAUUUUAUGUUUUGUAAACAAAGUUUUCAUGUAAAUUUUUAGCAGAAUUUUGACUCUUCAUCUCUGUCCAAUUCGGUUCUGUCGCUGAAUGCCACUGACAAAGAGCCUUCCGAUUCUCUAAGGCCGUCAGAAUCCGAGGACACUCCCUCUCAGAACGGACACCCCACUCCCGUACCCUCCCCACCCUUGCCCUCUCCCAAUAAUGGUGCCAAUUCAUCGGCCGAAAAUGAAAAUCCAUCUCCGAUCGAACAGCUCAAAGCACAACUAACCAAGAGAGUAUCGGACGAAGGACACGUUUUGAAGGAUGUCGAUAUGAACAUGGCCAGGAAUUAUUGUGAAUGUAAGGGUUUGUUAUUGAUAGGGGUUUGGAAUGGCAGUUUGAGGUUAUUUUAGGUAAUAAAAUUUGCUUUUUUUAUUAUUUUAGGUAAUAAAAGUUGUUUUUGAGGUUUGUUUUGGCUAACAAAGGUUGAUAUUGGGACUGUUCUAGAUAUCAAAAUUGAAUUUUAAGUAUUAAAAUAGUCUCAAUUUUAUUAAAAAGUCAACUACAAUUGUCAUUUUCAGCUCACCCAAAUGAUAUUGAUGCCCUGCUGCGGUUUGCGGAUCUAAUUCGCACGAUUCGCUUUGAUUCUCUGAAAACGAACGUCCCAACCCUGGACAAAUCACCGUUAGAACGACGAUCAGCACCUUCACCAUCACGCAUACCAAGAGCUGUACAAAUGGGCAUGGAUUCGUUGAAGGUAAAUCUCACGGAAUUUGCUUAUUUCUAGAGGUGUUACUGUGGGUUACUGUAGCUUUAUCACUGAUUUAAGGGGUUUUGGGGUAAAAUACGAGUAACCUUGAGCGUUGUUUUAAAUUUUAAAAAAUUUCAUUUUGAAAAAAUAAAUUUUUUAAAUUUGAAAUUUCAAAAAAAAAUUUUUUAAAGUUUUGGUUAAGCCUAAAAAAGUGAUAAAACUACAGUAAUCUAGGGUUAAUACAGCCACUUUUUUUGCUAUUUUUAGCUUCACGGCACUUGUCUUGUGGAAUAUUUAAUUGUUCAAGUAAUUCUGUGCCCGCUAGUUUAGAAAAUUUGCUUUAAUAAGGGGCGCAGAAUUAGUUGAACAACUUAAUAGUAUCGGUAUUAUAUUUAGUAGAAACGGUGACUCAACUUGUUUUUAUAGUAGAGGAGGUUGUGUACUCAAUUUGCGACUGAUUUUUAAAUAAUUUUAAGCAGAAUUCAGAAUUUUGAUUUUUGGGCGGGUUUUUCGAAUUUAAAAUUUUGAACUUGAUUUUAUUGUUUUUGAAAUUUUUCAAGUUAAUUGCAAAUUCAGUUCACAACCUCAUAUUUUGUUGUCUCUGUGAUCUAAAAUACGUGUAAAACUUGUGCGUUUGUUAAUAUUGCUUUAAUGUUGUUGUCUAGAGUUGUGGUCAAAUAAAAUUCUAUCAACAUUUGUGCUUCCUUCUUCUUGCUGUCGCUUUCGAUUUCUUUUUUUUGGUCGAUUUUUUUGCAAAUAUGCAUUUUUCAUAGAUCAUUUUUAGAAAUAAGGUUUAGUGUAUAGGAAGGAGUUGUGUAUUCAGAAGAGGGGUUGGGCGGGGUAUUUUUUUGGAAAAAAAGGUAUUUUAUCCUCCCCCUUCUUUUCAAAAAUAUAUCUUGCCUUCAUUUUUUUAAAUUUUAUUUUAUUUGAAAAAAAACAUUUUAAAAAUUACCCUGCCUAAAAAAUUGUAAACAUUACCCCGCCCAAAAUAAUUUUAAAAAAAUCUUGAAAAGCUACUGCUCAAGCAUUCCUUGACCUUUUAAGACUUCUUUGGACUAGCUACUACAAUUUUGUCGCUACUACACUUUUCAUUUCCACGUCUCACGCUGCCAUUUUAUGUUGAAACACGCGUUCAUUAAUGAAUUUCGUUUGUUAUAGAGCCUGCGGAAGAGGCGGGAGCCCCUAAAACCCACCACCCACCAAAAAGCACCAGUAAAGCGUUAG